AUGAAUGUUGAAAACUCAGAUGACAAAGCAAAGAAUGACUUGAAGUCUUCCUUACUUCUAAGGGAUGAAAAUGGAAAUAACUAUGCAUGUGACAGAGCUACACCUUCCUCAAAGAGCUGUGCCACCAAGAAAGAUGGUAAUUCAGCUGACCAAAAUAUAGUGACUGAGCAUGAAGAUGAUACUGUUCUUGAAAAUAAGAGUGACGUCAGAAGUAUUCUUUUAGAACAGCAGUGUAUUGGAGCACUUCAUCUGCAGAAGACGCCUGGUCAAUACAACUGCACAGGAGCUCUGUUGGGAGAUGCAAAUGCUGCAUGCAGGUCUUCUGUGAGUGAACAAACUUUUGUGUAUCCUUUGAACUGUGACUUGAAAGAAAGAGCAAGCUUACUGGAAGGUAACAUUGCUAUGGCAAAAAUGCAAAAUCAGAGUAUCAAACAAUCGGUGCCUUACAGUCAGACUGACUCUAAGUGUAUAUUACCUCUUCCUGUUUCAGAGCAGAACAUGCAGUCCCUGAUAAAAGACAGGGCAUGCUCCCACCAGAGCACGUUGGAUGUUACUCAUGUUAUAGGCGAAACUCUGGGAACUGAUCAAAAUGAUGACAUGCAUCCGAAGGAAAUGCUAAUCUCUUCUGAAGUAUGUACGAGACAGAAAUUUGAGAGAGCCGGCUCAGAAAGAGCACUGGAUUUCUCCCCUGCAGUAGUGGCUUCAGAAAGGCCAGAUGCCUGUUCAGAACUUGAAGUAUAUUGUUCUGCCUCUGCAGAUGUUGGAAAUGAUCUAGAAAACACUGACAAGACUGAUAAAGAACCACAUGAAACAGAAGCACAGUCUGUAAAACUAGCUGCUGAAAGUAUAGAUCCUUCUAGGCGAGAUGCAUUAGCACCACGUAUUAAUAUUAAUGAAGAUGACCAACUGAAAUCCUUGCAGGGUACCCCUGACCAUUAUGAAACUGGGAAUUCCAAUGCUGAAACUUGUGUGGAUAGUCCUGUAAAUAACAUGCACCUUCUUUCAGUAGAUAAAAUAGACAGAGAACAAGUAUCAAAGAAAACCAAUGAACCUCUAACCAAAGAACAAAGUACCUCUGGAAAUGCUGCUCUUCAGGAUAGGCACAACACCUUUUUCACACCCUGCAGUGUACCAAAAUUAAAGAGGACUGUUAUGCCUGAGCUGAACUGUGAAGCAACUUUUCUGGUCUUCAGUCCUAUGGCUGAUGAAGGAGAUUCUGCUCUACGUACUUCAACCCCUAAAGAACAAUCGAAAAAUACAACUUUUUCUGUUUCAGCUUUGCCAGAACUUGAAAACAAGACUCCUAAUGUAAAACUAAACGACACUUUUGUAGGAGGACAUAAUAGAAGGUCUUUGCUUAAAGCUAGUUCAGGUCAAACUGCGGGAAAGCCAGUGGGCAGGCCUUCUAUUGUGUCAACAAUAACCAAAGCAAAGAAAUCGGAGAUUGUUAGUUUUCCCAAACCUAAUUUCAAAAAUGUUAAGCCAAAGGUUAUGUCUAGACCUGUGCCGCACUCAAGAGACAGUGCGGCAUUAAAACAGUCUCCCUGCUCCCCCCAGCUAUCAGCAGCCUCCUCACCUUCACUGGCUGCUUCCCCGAGGCAAUUGUCCCCCUCUGUAAAAGUGCUGAAAAAGAAAAUAGAUUUAGCUAAAGAUACUAAAGCGGUGUUGCCUGUGAAUAAGUCCCAUAAGCUACAUCUUAACAAACACCUCUUCACGAGCCAAGUCGUGCAUGCUGCAACACAUCCCAAAAGCCCUUCCCAUAAGGCUUCAAAGACACCUGUGUUAAAGCAGAAUCCGGAAGACACCGGCAAGGAAAGCUCUAUCCAUUCGGCAUGCUCCUCUGUUUCUGUUGUGCUUUCAGCGUGCGUAGAGAACUCAAAAGAGAUGCUGAAGAAUAAAAUGGAAAGUUCAGACUCUUUAACACAGCCCUGUGCUCAAGGCAUCUGUCCAUCUGAAGGUGAAAAAGAGCAAAGCAGUAACGUGGGGCUUCUUCUGGAAGCAGCCUUGUUAAAAGAUGUGGCAAACAAAACAUUUGACCUGCACUCUCUUCCUUUGAUGCCUUCUGAGAAAGAUGGGACAACACAAGGGAAAAACACACCGAAGAAAGGCCCAAUCACACUACGAAGUGUAUCAACUCCCAAGGUUAAAAUGGUGCCAUCUGUGUUGCCCCUGAAGAAAGGAUGUGACAAUAAAACUAUCUGCACAAUUAAAACACCUUCUUACAAAGGAGCUGUUCUGUCGUCAAGCUCUGGUAAGGGAUCUUCGCCAAAAGAAAAGCAUGCCUCUGUGAAAAAUUCUCCAGCCUCCUGGACUAGCUCCAGUAAACAGCUCGCCAAAUCCAAAGUGCCUGUCAAAAGAUCAGUGCUUGAGCGAACACCCAGCAUCUCAUCAGUCAGCAGCACUCAGAGCGAGCGAAGUCUUUUCAGCAGAAAUUCUGCAAAUGCCACAGUCAUCACCAACAAAAGAGAAUGGCCUUCAAAACCAACCUGCCAGAAUGGUGCUUUGGGAUCUGUCCCUCUGAAAGCAGUACCAAGACCUAGAUUACAUUCGUUGAAGACAACUCCAAAAGGAGCCAAGGCCAGGCCUGCUUCACUGAGUCAGUGCACACCAAAAUCAUCUGGGCCACUGCACUCAGCAAGGAAAGCCAGUGAAGCUAGAGGUACUCCUGGAAGAAACGGACACCAAAGCCUAUCAUGUUUGGGUUCUGUUGACAAGGGCAAGCAGCGGAGUCCCAAGAGCUCGUGCACGCAGACUCAAGCCUCCAGAGAUGUGCAUUCGCCUGGCACAAAAACAGCCGAGUUGACACAGUACAAAACCAAAUGUGAGACCCAAAGUGGAAUCAUACUGCAGCUGAAAAAAUUCCUGACAAGCAGUAACCAGAAGUUUGAAGCGUUAACAGUUGUGAUCCAGCACCUGCACUCUGAGAGGGAGGAAGCACUGAAACAGCGUAAAGAGUUAUCUCAAGAACUAGUUAACCUUCGAGGAGAACUAGUAACCACUUCUGCAGCUUGUGAGAAAUUGGAGAGAGACAGGAAUGAACUGCAAGUUGCUUAUGAAAGAUUUUUGCAGAAGUUAAACCAGCAACAUCACAAUGAUUUAGCUGAGCUGGAGGAGAGGCUUAAACAGUUUUACACUGCAGAAUGUGAGAAACUCCAAAGUAUCUGCAUCGAGGAAGCUGAAAAGUACAAAGCACAACUCCAGGAGCAGGUUUGUGACAUUCAAAGCAGAAACGUUCUCUAGCAAUUGCUUUCUGCUACAAACGAGCUGUCGGAGAAUCCUGGGGUUUGCUAG